UUCUGUCUAGUUCUUUCUGUCUAGUAAAGUCUGCUGCAGAUGCCGACCGCAGCCGCUGCGCUGAGUGAAAUUGGAACUUGUCAAAAAUGUCGAGUAUAAGUGCAAUGGUAACGAAAAUUUGUGAUCCUUGUAGUUAUUCUGUUAAUUUAAGUCGGAAAAUAUUGACAAAAAGACUCUUUAAAUUUAAGUCACAUUCGCCUUCAAAUAUUAACUUGCAAAAUAUUUACAAAGUUAAAAUUCGCGCAUUGCACACUACCGCAACCGGUAAUGGUUCCCGUUCAUCUAACCCUAACACGACUAUGAAAACUUCUAUAGCUGGGAAAAUAUUUAGGAGUGUAAUUUAUCUAACAAGUGGAAUUUCGGUUGCAUGUGGAACUUAUUAUGCAACCAGUGACAACAUUGGGAAAAGAAAAUUACGUGUUGCUGCUGAAGGAGGAUUGAGAUUUGUAAGAUCAGUACGCAUUGGGCUGACGAUAUCUUUGGACUAUUGGUGGCAGACUUAUGGAGAGGAUGACACUUCUGAUGAAUAUCUUGAGAGAUUAGAUGCCUGUCACCAGAGAGCAGCUGAAAGAAUACUAGAUGCAUGUCUCAAGAAUGGAGGGUUGUACAUAAAGUUGGGGCAGGGGCUUGUCUCAAUGAAUCACAUACUUCCAAAGCAGUACCUCGAUACUCUGAAGGUUCUUCAAGACCAGUGUCUGACACGCCGCAGUGCAUCUGAAGUUCAGGAGUUGUUUAUGGAAGAUUUUGGUGUACCUCACACCGAUCUCUUUGAUGAGUGGCAAGAAGAACCGAUUGCUGCUGCCAGCCUUGCUCAAGUAUUUGUUGCCAAAACAAAGCAAGGUGAAGAGGUAGCGGUUAAGGUGCAGUAUAUUGACCUCCAAGAUCGUUUCAGUGGUGACGUGGCUACCAUAGAACUUCUACUUGAUGUCAUUCAGUGGAUGCAUCCCAAGUUUGCUUUCAAGUGGGUCUUUAAGGACUUACGUCACACCUUGGAGCAGGAGCUGGACUUCCUUCACGAGGGCAGCAACUGUGAGAAGUGCAUGCGCCAGCUGAGCCAUCUGCCGUACGUGCGCGUUCCUCGCGUGCAUUGGGACCUCUGCAGUAAACGUGUCUUGACGGCAGAGUUCAUCCGCGGGCACAAAGUGAGCGACGUGGAGGGCAUGCUUGGUGACGGCCUCUCCCUUGCCGACGUCGACACGAAGCUCAUUAAUGCCUUCGCUGAACAGAUCUUCCAUACUGGAUUUGUUCAUGCUGAUCCGCAUCCUGGUAACAUUUUGGUGCGUGCCAGCAGUCGUGUGGUGGGAGCAGAGAUAGUGCUACUGGACCACGGUCUGUACCAGGACUUGCCCUCCACAGUACGACAGCCGCUGUGCCGCCUCUGGGAGAGCAUCGUGCUGGGUGACCACGCCGCUAUGAAGCGUUACUCGAGCCAGCUCGGCGUCACUGACGGUUACCGAUUUUUCUGCAUGUUUGUGGCACAGCGCUACAUUGCUCCUGAAGGGUCAAGUCGUAGCGAAAACGAGUUUUUCUCCCAGACUGGGCCUAAACAAUUCUCCAGAGCACAGUACAAGAAAUUGUCUGCGGAAGACAAGGAGAAAAUGCAGAAACGAAUCGAAGAAGCUCGUGCUAUGAUUGAAACAGCCUUCCAUAACUUACCCACCGAACUCUUCCUCGUUCUCAGGAACAUCAACACGGUGCGAGCGGUGACGCGCGACCACGGUUCUCCUGUGGACAGAUACUCCCUGAUGGCGAGGGCGGCGACGCGCGGAGCUCUGUUGUCACCUGACGCGUCCUGGGCAACGCGCCUGAGAGCGCUGCUCAGGCAGGCGCGCUUCGAUCUCGUCUUGAGGUACGAAAUGGUGAAAAUGUGGAUUCUCCAGAAAAUCCUACAGUUCACAGGCCUCUUGCCAGAUCGUAGCUUGCUGACUUAGUGGUAAUAACCUCUCUCCGUCACCCGACCAUUUCCUGCAGCGAUGGUACUUGACCAACUCAAAGCACUUCUUCUGUUCUUUACUGUGAAUGACAUUUUUUGCCAUUUCACCACGCUGUCGAUGAUAGUGACUACGUUCGUAUUUGAUACGCUAAUAAACUCUUCCUAUGGUUAGUCUAAGGUGUUUAACAGACGGGAAUUUUCACGUAUCAAAUACAGCUGUUAACUAAGUAUAAGUAAAGGCAUACAUAUGGUUUCUUGUUGCUUCUCUGUUGGUAAUUUCUUUGCUAGGCGAGGUGACGUUUGGUGCUGAGUUCUGCAGCACCAAAUCUACGAGGCAACUAUCGACUGUUAUUUUGUCCUCACGAAUUUGUUUCCUUCUAAUUUAUGUUACCAACUUCAAUUAAAAUAAUGAACGUUUUCUGAUGAUUGUUGCGACGAAAGAUAAGCAACAAUUCCUGAUAAAAUUAUGCUCAUUGAUAUUGUUUUCUAAAAUGAUGUAGAAAAAAUAAAUUUACGAAUAAAAAUGUCCGUUUGAAGCGAUUAGUUUGUUACAAAUGUUAAUUUUUUGGUAUAUGGCAAAAUAGGUAUAUGAAUAUAUUAUUGAUCUAGAAAAGACUCGUUCUGUAUCAUGUCUGAGCCUUAGUUCAGACUAGUCACACCAAACAAAUACGGUUUCACGUUCACAAUCAAUAAAAUAUGCUUUAUGUUAAUCAUUGACCUAGGAUAAUUUGUAAAAUAAAUUCAAGCAAUUCAAAUGUAAUAAAAUAAUUUAUCUUAUUAGAGUUUCAUCUUACCUUAUAUCAGCUAGCGUUAAUAAAUGCUCGUAACACCCCAUGAAAGAACUGCUAAUUAGUCCUGAAGUUACAAGUGAAAAUCCGGGAUAUAGAUGCAUAUUGAACUACGAAGCAAGAUGAUAGAUUAUGCAAGAGCGCUACAGAUUUUAGCACAGAAGAAUACAUUGACGUGAUAAUUUCAGCCCGCGUUUUAUUCAUGGAACACACAAGCAAAUAAUGUACUUCUUUGAAUAAAAUUUGCACAAUUGAACGAAUGUUUACCAAA